CCAAACAGGGCUAAAUAAAAUUAUCAUUUUUAGUAUAAAUCGUCUGAUUUUCUUUGACAUGUAUGUAAUGGUCCAAUUAUUUUUCGAUCAUUUCAAAAGCCUCCCUCCAACGUAAAGGGGGUAUGGGUUUCAAUUGUAAGUUCAUUCAAGCCCUCAAACUUACUCAAUCUGUCUCUUUGAAUCGUUUCUUGAAAAUUCGCACAUUGAAAACGCUUUCCAGCUUAAAACCAUUCAACUCAAAGCUCUCAAAUUUAAUGAAAGAUGGCUUGGUGUCUGAAGCACAGAAACUGUUCUUUGGAAUGCCCCAAAGAAAUACAGUCACAUAUAAUGCUAUGAUAAGAGGAUAUUUUCAAAAUGGGUUUUUUGAACAAGCUAUGGAUUUGUAUAUUCAAAUGCCGGUUCGGGAUAUUUUCUCGUAUAAUACUAUGAUCUGUGGGUUAAUGCAAUAUGGGGAUGUUAAAGGGGCUGAAGAGAUUUUUGACUGUAUGGGGUGCACAGAUAUUGUCACUUGGAAUUCAAUGAUUUCUGGAUACAUUGAUAAUGAUUUGAUGGAUGAUGCAGUGAGAAUAUUUAAUGCGAUGCCUAUGAAAGAUGUUGUUUCGUGGAAUUUGGUUAUUGCAGGACUGGUGAAAGUUAAGGAGUUUGGUAAGGCUGAGCAAAUGUUUAGGGGGAUGAGCACGCGGGAUGUUGCAUCUGGUACUAUUAUGAUGAAGGGGUUUUUGGGAGAUGGUCGAAUUGAAGAAGCAAGGGAAUGUUUUGAUAAUAUGCCUAUAAAGGAUGUUCAAGCUUGGAAUACAAUGAUCAGUGGUUACGUGCAAACUGGACUUGUUGAGAUUGCGGAAGUCUUGUUUCAUAAGAUGCCUGAAAAAGAUGGGAACUCAUGGAAUGAAAUGAUGGAUGGGUUUGUAAGUGUUGGUAGGAUAAUUGAUGCCAUGAAGCUUUUCGAUGAAAUGCCUCAAAAAUGUGAAAGAUUAUGGAAUUUAAUAUUGUUGGGAUUGGUAAGGAACGGUUUGGUGAAAGAAGCUCAUGCCUUGCUAGAGAAAAACUCAUAUAGUAAUAUAGUGUCAUUGACGAAUGUGAUGAUUGGAUACUUUAAUAAUGGAAAUGUUGACAGUGCCUUGAAAAUUUUUGAAUGGAUGCCUGUUCGUGACACAACUGUAUGGAAUGCCACUAUAUUUGGAUUGGGAGAAAAUGAUCGUAGCGAGGACAGUAUAAAAUUGUUCAUCAAAAUGAAAGAAGAUGGUAUGUUCCAGGAUGAAGCUACAUUUACAAGUUUACUUACCAUAUGUUCAAACCUUUCGUCCUUGAACCUUGGUAAAGAAAUUCAUGCAGAAGUAAUUAAGGUGGGGAUUAAUUGCUUUAUCCCUGUUAGUAAUGCAUUAGUGACCAUGUAUUUUAGAUGUGGAAAAAUGGACUCUGCAGUACUUGAAUUUUAUUCCAUGUCCGGCCAUGAUGUUAUUUCUUGGAAUUCUGUAAUUAGUGGAUUAGCUCACCAUGGGCAUGCUGAACAAGCUAUAGAGAUGUUUGAGAAAAUGAGAUUAUCAAAUGUGAAGCCUAAUCAAAUAACUUUUGUAGGUGUCCUUUCUGCAUGUGGCCAUGCCGGCCUUGUUGAACAUGGUAAAUAUUACUUUAAUAUUAUGCAAAAUGAGUAUUUUCUUCACUCAACAACUGAGCAUUAUACUUGUAUUGUUGAUCUGUUGGGUAGAUUUGGACUUAUAGAUGAGGCAAUGAAUAUUUUGGAUCAGAUGGGUGUAUUAGGACUAGAAGUUCCAGCAAGUGUUUGGGGAGCAUUGUUUGGAGCAUGUAGAAUGCAUGAUAACAUCACUAUAGGUGAGAUUGCUGGGAACAAGAUUCUGGAAUUAGAGCCUUCUAACUCUGGUGUGUAUAUGAUUCUAGCCGAAAUAUACCUGGCUAGUGGGAGGAAAGAUGAGGCAGAAAGGAUAUCGGUUCGCAUGAAAGAGAAUGGUGUUAAAAAGCAGCCUGGCUGUAGUUGGAUUGAGUCAAACGAUGGUGGCCAAGUAUUUCUUGCAGGGGACAAAACACAUCCUGAGUUUAAGUUCAUCUCCCAUGUUAUAGACUUGAUAUAUAUGGAGAUGGAGAUAGAACAUUUGAAAUCAGAUUUUGCUUCAUUCUCUGAAUCUAUAGAAGGCAUGUAGCUAAUAUUGAAGCAGCUGUUGCUUGAACAUUUGUCUGUGGAAAAUGAUCUAUUUUUUGGAAUAUUGAAGAAUGUGUAUUGAUGAGUAUCAGAAUCUCUAAAGAGAAGUCAUGGUCCAGCCAUCACGAGGAAGUGGAAGUGUAAUACAAAAGAAAACUAUUGAUUGCAGAAGGCAAUUGACCCCUCUUGGCCUAAUAUAAAUUGUGUGGCUAACAAAGGUAGUGGAAUGACAAUCUCAUGAUCAUAUUGUGGCUGACUACUAAAUUCAAAUAACAAUUUAAUCUCUUAGAUGGCCUAUUGUGUCCAGCCCCAUACAAGAUUCAGCAAAGGGACUGCUGAUCGCACAGGGAUGAAAAAUGAAGCCUCCUUUAUGGAUCUCUCCACCAUUAUGUCCCUGGAAAAUAACUUGAUUAACAUAAUGCUGGAACCUUGUAUGGCGAUGGUGAUUGCAUCAUUAGGCUGGAUCAUUCUUACGAGAACUGCGUAGAUGCUAGGCGGAAACAGACUUGAUGUUGGCCGUUCAUUCAAUUAUUCGGGGUGAAGGACCAUGGGGCGUUUAUCGAUGAACAGCGGAUUGACUGAGCUUUUGGCAUUGCUUUGUUUUUCUCUCCUUUCCUAUCAGCAAGUGCAGUCUUGAUUGAUAAUGGGAGUGGUUUGAAUGUUUGCACGUUGAGCAGUAUAUAGGAUAUUUUAAGACGCAUCAGAUACCACCUCUCUUUUGAUUGAUAUUCAGUAUCCCACAUCAACUGAGAAGGGAACCAGGUUGCUGGCUUACUUGCGUCUGAGGGUUUGCACCGUCGCUGUUAUCAGAAUAUGUUCCUCUCUUACUUCCUCACUGGAUACUUGCUCUUCUUUUGAUAUACAGACAUGGUCUUCCUAACUUUAGGGUCAUUAGAGACUUUUACGUGCUUCAUCUUUGUGUGGGAAGUAAAACUCUCCCAUUUAUUUCACCUCUUCAUAUGUCGCACUCUUUUAUGUUCGGAGGUCAGGUAUAUGUCCUUCGAUAUAUUAAAUAGUUGGGAAAUCCUAACCUCCAUUCUUGGUGGAACCUAAAAACUAAGUAAGGUUGUGUUGAUGCUUUGCUUUAUAAAAAUAAAGGGAUGCUAUUCAUGUGAUUAAUUUAGCAAUUUAAAUAAACACUUUCCCAGCUAUUAAAGCUGUAAAUUUGCAAAAAGAUUGAGUUCAGCUUGUUUUUCCGAUUUCACAAGUAAUUGUUUCGUAUUUUUCUCGCUGCUAUUCAUCGUGUUCCUAGUGGCUUUUGAUUUUAUGCAACAGUUUCAUUUUAUAUUUGAAAGCAGAGAAUUUGUGUACCAUUAAAACUUACCAAUCUAUUUUUUAAUAAAAAAAAAUUCUACUCGUAUUUUCAUAGAAUUAUCUUUUUUCUUUAUUAUGGGGUAUGCUUGUGAUGUAUGAACUUGUUCAGUUUUGUUAAUCUCUGUUUCGAUACAUCAGAUAGAUAAAACCAAAUAUUGUGGCGUUAAGUGAUGAAAGUUCUUGGUCUUCUCCUCCCCAGAUUUUAAGGAUGAAUAAAGACUCAUUC